AUGGCAAAUAACUGUGCGUCAUGUCAAAAACCAUUACGCUCAUCCAACAUUAAAUGCUCCAAAUGCGAUCAGCUGUUCCACGUUACAUGUGCUAAUGCUAGUAAUCAAACCAAAUUAACAAACGAAACGAAAGCGGCCUGGACUUGCUCUUCAUGUCAGAACAGGGGACCAAAGAAAACAAUUUCUCCUGUGAGGUCUGUACCAGAUCCCGACGAACCUGGUAGAAACACCACUGCCUCCUCAAACAAGCUUGACCAAACCACCGUCUCACCUCGAGAUCCACCUUGCAGCAACAACAGUUCCGACUCAGAGAUACUGAGGUCACUAAGCUCCGAGAUGCAUUUACUACGUGGGGAUGUUGGAGACCUAAAGAGCCACAUCAAAUACCUCAGCGAACACCUGACUCAAUGCUACUCCCGCCUCGAGGAAUACGACACUCGCAUAAAAACGUUAGAAAAACGCGAAGAGGAGAUAAUUGCUCUUAACAACACCAUAACCAACUUGCGAGACCAGCUGAAUAGUCAAGGUCAAGCGUCCCUUAAAAAUGAGCUGGAAAUCAAUGGAAUUGACGAGCUUAAAAAUGAAAGCCCGCUGCACAUUAUCCAUGUAAUGGCACACAAAAUAGGCGUAACCGUGGAGGAACAUGACAUCGACUUCGUGUCUCGUGUGGGACCCCGCCGCCAGAAGACGGACUCAUCUGACGCCCCGCCUCGCAAUCUCGCAGUGCGUUUCGUUCGACGAUACAAACGCGACGAAUUUUUAAAAGCGGCAAAAAUGAGAAGGUCAUUGACCUCUACCGAUAUCGAUAUAGCUGGACCUACGAGAAACAUCUUUGUGAAUGAGAGACUUACGUCCAGUAAUAGGCAGUUAUUUCGUGCGGCUAGAAACGCUGCAAAGGUACACGGGUACAAAUACUGCUGGAUCAGAAACGGCGCAAUACUCAUACGCAAGCAAGAGGGCAACCCCGCUAUACACAUACAAAACAUGGAAGAUCUGGAACAUCAUAUGGGCCGCGCACCGGCCGCUCCGGCCGAGCGCUCCCCCGCGCCAGCAAGCCUACAAUAAGGCGCCGCACCAUGGUAUUAAGCAGUACCGAUUUUAUUUUAUAUUAUUUUUCUUUAGUUACUCGUACCUCUCAAUUUAUACUUUAGUACCUAGUUAUGUUUCACUAAGAGCCAAAAUAUCUCAUUUAAUUUUAAUCUUGCUUUUUCUAAAAAUAACAUUUUGUGAUUUAACUAUAGAAUAUUGCAUUCAUAAUUAUUCUUACCUACUUUGUAUAAUAAAAAUAUUUUGUUACUCAAAAUACACCCACAAACGAACACUUACACAUACACUGACAACAAAAACAAAACAAAUAAACACAUAUCAUUUCCAUACAUACACUCCACAUGUUACUCAAACAACUCAUACAAAUAAUAGACCACCACAAUUAUCCAACAAUCCCAUACAAAAAAACAAAAAUAGAAAAGUCACACCCUACAUCAAUUCAAACACUCUAACACACUCAUACACACGACGUGCACAAUACAUUCUUCUAUUCAAAAUCUAUCCAAUCUAUGCCAAAAUUAUUAUUUCCUUCCAAUAUACAUUCGCAUUCAGUUUAGUCAUGACAACAACUCUCACAGUUUUUUACGUCAAACCAACUAAUAUCACUUAUUUCUACAUAGAUGGCGUUAAUUGACGUUAUCCAAAAUAUUGACGAAAUAACAACUCUGGAAUGUCAUGACUUUAACCAACUGGACGAAUGUAGGGAAUAUUGUAAGAACAUUAAUCGGGUAGAUGGCCUAAUAAUACUGUCUUUGAACAUUAGAAGCUACCAGCGUAACUUUGACGAUUUUACUGUAGCACUAACAAGGCUCGACGUAAACUUUGACGCUAUUGUUUUGACCGAGUGUUGGCUACAUGAAGGCACGAUACUCGACAAUAUUCCUGAGUAUAACGUUUUUCGAACAAACACACAACAAAAUAAGAAUGGAGGAAUAGUCAUAUAUAUAAAAAACAAGCACAACGCAACUCUGGUUGAAACAAACUUACAAGACACUGACAGCCUGCUCUUAGUUUUAAACAACAAAGUUGCUAUUCUAGGACUCUACCGCUCACCUUCCUUCUCUAACUUAACCAGUUUCCUUGCCUCACUGGACGAACUCCUCAAGACGAUUAACAUAUACUCAACAGUUAUUAUCACAGGAGAUACAAACAUUGAUAUAUGUAACACCACAAACAACAAACAUCACGAUUACACGUGCCUUAUGGCAUCACACUCACUGCUUCCGGCUAUUACCAAACCGACGAGAGAAAAAUCAUGUAUCGACCACAUAUACAUCAAAUGUAGCACA